AUGCAAGUCGCGGGGCUCGGCUUCCGGCUCACGCCCGACGAGACGUCGGCAUUGGCUAGCGGCGGCCUCGCGAGCCUCGACGAGGCGAUCGAGCUCCUGACGCGGUGCGAACGAUCCAGCGGCGACCGGCACGGCGGCGGCGGCGUAUCGGCGGACGCACAGUCGAUGCUCAGCCUCCAGGGGAGCAGUUUCAAGCACGGCCUCGAGUGCCACGGUACGCCCAACCUCAUCCAUCCCGCCGACGCGCGGCUUCUCGCCGUCCUUACGCGCAUCCCCGCCGUGCCCACGUACGUGCGUGUGAUGGGCGCUGGCGCGGUCGAAAGUGCUCAGAUCAAGUACGUCGCUGGAUCGCUCCAGGUUGGUCCAUCCCAAAAGCCGCAUAUCUGGGCCUGCUACGUCGACGCGUGCAAUGCGAUCGGCGUCGACGCGUCGUCGAACGCGAAUCCUCCGCCGCCGACGCUCUACAUCAAGAACGACCCGAUCCCGAACGCGUACACCAUGGCCCGCCAGGUCGGUCGUCCGUUCAUCGUCAUUACGUCGGGCCUCAUCAACAUCCUUGAUGCCAGCGAGCUCCGAUUCGUCUUCGGCCACGAGCUCGGCCACCUCGUCUGCGAGCACGGCGUGUACCACGACGUCGCCGUGGAGGUCAUCAACGGCGGAAUGGAACGCCACCCCGUCGAAGCCACGAGUCUGUCGGUGGUGGGCUUCCUCGCCAUCAAGGCCUACCUGCUCCGCUGGUACCGCGCGUCGGAGCUCUCCGCGGACCGCAUCGGUCUCCUCGUCGUGGCUGACCCGCGCGUCGCCGUCUCGGUUUUUGCGAAGCUCGCGAGCGGGCUGCGCGACGUCGACGUCGAAGCGUACCUGCGCCAGACCGAGACCGCGAUGACGGCAGCCGCUCGUUCCCCACUCCUCACUGCGAGCGCGAUCUUUGCGGAAUCGCAUCCGUUCAACGCGACGCGCGUCUGCGAACUCAUGCAAUUCGCGAAAUCAAAAUUCUACCAGACGCUCCUCACGUCGGCCUCGCCGACGAUCAAGUUCAGCCUGGCACUCUGCUAG